AUGACAUUUUCGUCGGUUAAAUACACGGCGUUAAGUCAAAACGACCCCGACGAAGAGGAUUUAAUGGAAGAGGACGAUGGAAAAAUCGAUUUUGGCAAUCCGAAUGAGUCAAUUAUGGAAUACGGAACCCCCGAGGGCACUUUUGAGUCAGCGUUCACUUAUGCACCGUACAAUGAUAUUGAUAAAAUGGGCUACGAAGCCCCAAAAAGACACGGCUUAAUGUUUGGCAGUCGCUAUGGAAAUUUCACUUAUAGUCGAGAUUAUGCAAUUGAUAGUGAGGAACGAAUUUCGCCACUAAACUCUAUCGAAUUGGCGAUUUACGCUGUCUCCCUGCUUCUUGUCAUUUUUACAAUGCCGAUUUCUCUUCUGUUCGCGCUGAAGUUCGUUGGGUCUAGCGAAAAGCUGGUUGUUCUACGAUUGGGUCGGGCGCAGAAGACGCGAGGUCCCGGCGUUUCGCUAAUUGUACCCUGCAUCGACAAAACCCAUCGCGUGACGACGUCGAUAACCGCUUUCAAUGUGCCACCAAUGCAGGUAAUCACAACGGAUCGCGGGCUGGUCGAGCUCGGCGCCACCGUAUUCCUCAAGAUUCGCGAUCCGAUCGCCGCGGUUUGCGGCGUGCAGGACAGGAAUUCAUCGGUGCGCACACUCUCAAACACGAUGCUUUAUAGAUAUAUAUCAAAGAAGCGGAUUUGUGAAGUGACGAAUAGCCAGGAUCGACGGAUGAUCUCCGCUAACCUUAAGGAUGAAUUGGGAUCGUUCACAUGCCAAUUCGGAGUUGAGAUCACAGAUGUGCAAAUCAGCGAUGUGAAAAUUGUGAAGGAAGGUGAAAAUAUGGGCCUAUCUGCAAUUAACACUGUCGUCAAAUCGGAUGCUGGCCAGCAAUUGUGGCAGGUCAUUGGGCCGACUUUCGAAGAAUUCGCUAAAGAAUGUAUGAGUGAAACGAAAAAGGAGACAAAUGAUGGUCCACUGGUUGAUCUAUCUGACGGACAAGGUCCGUCGACCUCUUCUCAAGCUCCCGCUAUUGAUAUCGAUCAUCUGAUAACCGUGGCGAAUUUGGCGAUCGAUGAGCACCUCACUCGACUAAUCUCAAAGGUCUUUCAAAUCAACUUCGUUGACGCCGACGACAAUAUCGUGAUCGAUUUGAAACACGGCGAGGGAAGCGCUUCUCGCGGACACGCCCCGAAUCCGGAUGUGACAUUCGAGACAAAAUUGGAAGUUUUUGCGCGCAUCGCGCAAAAAUCCAUUUCGCCUGUCACUGCUUAUAUGAACGGCAGUUUGAAGGUGAAAGGCAGCAUUCAAGACGCGAUGCUGUUGAAACAUCUUAUCGAGCGUAUGAGCGACUGGAUUUAA